CCAAAUCUCUUACCUUGAAAGGUGAAAUCACUUGCUCAGUCCGGAGUCGGGGCGGGCCUGCGGGAGCCAGGAGGACUAGGCGUCCCCCGUGGACGUCGACGACUGAGCAUGCGCGAGUUUCUCUCCCGAGGGAGGCGAGGGUUCUUCCCUUCGCCGCCCAGGGGUGGAGUCGGGACCGCCCAGAGGUGGAGUCGGGGCCGCCCCUGAGUUGAGGGCCUCGGAGACAGGAAAUCUGACUGGCAUUAGGCAGAUCAUCUUGGUCCUUUCAGGAAAAGGAGGGGUUGGGAAAAGCACCAUUUCUACAGAGCUGGCCCUGGCCCUCCGGCAUUCAGGCAAGAAGGUUGGGAUUCUGGACGUGGAUCUCUGUGGUCCCAGCAUCCCACGAAUGCUAAAAGUACAAGACAAGGCUGUGCACCAGUGUGACAAUGGCUGGGUGCCUGUGUUUGUGGACCAAGAGCAAACCAUCUCCCUCAUGUCUGUGGGUUUCCUACUGGAGAAGCCAGAUGAGGCUGUGGUGUGGAGAGGCCCCAAGAAAAAUGCAUUGAUAAAACAGUUCGUCUCUGAUGUGGCCUGGGGUGAGCUGGACUAUCUCAUUGUGGAUACACCUCCAGGGACCUCUGAUGAGCACAUUUCUGCUGUGGAAGCUCUUCGCCCUUAUAAGCCGCUGGGUGCUAUUUUGGUUACGACUCCUCAGGCAGUAUCUGUGGGUGAUGUCAGGAGAGAGCUCACCUUUUGCAAGAAGACAGGUUUACGAGUGAUUGGAAUUGUGGAGAACAUGAGUGGUUUUGCCUGUCCACAUUGUUCGGAGUGCACUAAUCUUUUCUCUAAGGGAGGUGGGGAAGAACUGGCCAGACAUGCAAAUGUCCCCUUCUUAGGCUGUGUGCCUCUGGACCCUCAGCUCACCAAGAGUUUAGAGGAAGGCCAAGACUUCAUCCAGGAAUUCCCUAAGAGCCCUGCUUUCCCUGCAUUCAUUUCUAUCACUCAGCAGAUCUUGAAUGGGACGUUGGCUCAGACCUCCUAAUGAAAGCAUCUCAGUCUCUUGCCUGCUGUGAUUCCUUUUUUGCUGCUGUUGGAUACAGCCCUUUGCUUAAAAACUUGUAACCAGGGGCAGCUAGGUGGCGCAGUGGAUAGAGCACCAGCCCUGGAUUCAGGAGGACCUGAGUUUAAAUCUGGCCUCAGACACUUGACACUUACUAGCUGUGUGACCCUGGGCAAGUCACUUAACCCCAAUUGCCUCACUAAAAACAAACAAAAAAAAAACUUGUAACCAGAAGAAUGUCACAGAGAAAAGGCCUCUAAAGAAACAUCUUGGGUCAUUCAGAAGCCCUCUGUGCACAGGAACCAGUGUCAUUUCUGCAGUUUCACUGCUAUUAAAAUAGGCUUCCUAAAGACCAAGUAGCUGUUGCUUCUGGGGCAUUGGCUUUGUUUGUUUUCCCACCACCCAGCUUGUCAAGCCCUGGUGUGCUUCCACUCAGAGUGGGCUGAUGUGGAUCCACAGUGGUUAAUGGUACUGAGUUUUUAGCUGCUUCUCACAAGACAGGACCACGGAGGACAUGCCAUCUUUAGCCAAGAUGUAGCUAACUUGUAGAGACAUUCCAACAUAAUGACAUUGGUGUUGCCCUCUCUACCUCUGGUACUAAGACUAUUGAGUACACCAUGGACAUGUGUCCUUGGCUCUGGAUUAAUAAGUGCUAUAGUUGGAACAUUUCCCUUUUCAGAUGUGUAAGUACAAUCUGGCCAUUAAAUAGUCCAUGUGACAACUUGAAAACAUGUAGUCUAAAGGAAUGGAUCUCUAGCCCCAUCAUUUCAUAACCUUAAUGUCAACUGAUAAAGAUUUCCUCAUUGUUAAACAUGCUUCUCAGCAAUGCUUUGUAAUUUGAAAGGAACCCACGAUUAAAGAAAUUUUCCCUGGUUUUCCAUCA